AUGUCCUCCAGCGACAGCCUGGCUUACCAUUUGCUACAGUACGCUAGCCACCACGACAAUGCCGUCAACAUCGGUAUCUAUCUCAUCUGCAUCCCCCUCAUCACCGAACCUUUGCUUCAUACGCCUACGACCUCAACGCUCCAAGGACGACUCUUCCAGACCUUCCUGCCCAAUGCCGCGGUUUUGACUAUGGCAGCUUACUGCCUGUACUACAUCAAACUCGACAAGGUCGCUGGUUUGAUAACGGCGCCGUUGUUCAUGGGACUUGCUAAGCUUGCGACAGAAUUCAAUACCACGAGGGCCGACGCAACCAAGGUGGUGACUCUAGUGCAAAUUGUUGCAUGGAUAGCACAGCUCAUUGGACAUGGUGUGUACGAGAAGCGCGCGCCAAAGCUGCAGGACAAUCUAAUGCAGGCGCUUGUGUUGACGCCGUAUCUUAUGGUGUAUGAAGUGCUCCUCGCAGCCGGGUACAGACCAAAACUCAAGGCAGAGCUCGCAAAGCUGGUCGAGACAGACAUUCGAGAAUUUAGGGCGAAGACUAAGAAGCAAUAG